GCUGGCGGGGGUGCAGGGGCGGUGGCGGCCGGGAGACGCCGGGCCUGGCGGACCGAGCUCCUGGCUCGGGUCCCAGCCCCAGGACACCAUGAGCCUGGUGGCCUGCGAGUUCUUCCCCAGCCCCUGUGUGGAGCCUGAGCCCUGCUCGCGAGUGCGGUCCCAGGCCCGCGUGUACCUGGAGCAGAUUCGCAACCGGGUGGCUACAGGGGCACCCGACAUGACCAAGCGCGAUUACCUGGUGGAUGCAGCCACGCAGAUCCGGCUGGCCCUGGAGCGCGAUGUCAGUGAGGACUACGAGGCGGCCUUCAACCACUACCAGAAUGGUGUGGACGUGCUGCUCCGCGGUGUACAUGUCGACCCCAACAAGGAGCGGCGCGAGGCCGUCAAGCUGAAAAUUACCAAGUACCUGCGGCGAGCCGAGGAGAUCUUCAACUGCCACCUGCAGAGGACACUGGGCAGCGGAGCCAGCUCUAGCAUGGGCUUUAGCAGCCUGAGGCUCCGGCCCAUCCGCACACUGAGCUCUGCCCUGGAGCAGCUGAGGGGCUGCAGGGUGGUAGGGGUCAUCGAGAAGGUGCAGUUGGUCCAGGACCCAGCAACCGGAGGGACCUUCGUGGUGAAGAGCCUGCCCAGGUGCCACGUGGUGAGCCGGGAGCGGCUGACCGUCAUCCCACAUGGAGUCCCCUACAUGACGAAGCUGCUGCGGUACUUUGUGAGUGAGGACUCCAUCUUCCUGCACCUGGAGCACGUGCCAGGCGGCACGCUGUGGUCCCACCUGCGCUCCCAGGCGCACCUGGCUGGCUCCACCCAGGAGAGGACGAAGGCUCAGCUCAACUCCCACGGCGGCCUCCAGACCCCGGCGCGGCUCCCCGCAGGCCGCACACCCAGGCAGGACGGAAUCCAGCCGGAGCCUCCUCGGCCUUCUCAGACCCUUCCCCCAGCCAGGGCAGCCCGGUCCAUCAGACCCCAGAGAGAGGAUGAAGGGGAGUCCACGGCCAGGGCCGGCACCAACUGCUCCUCGGACCUUCCAAAGGCUCCACGUGGCCGCCUCCACCCUCAAGCCCGGCGGGCUGGCCAGAGCUCGGACUCCGGGUCCCCCUGGGGACUCUCCUGGGUCCGUGAGGGAGCUGGCCGGGUGCUGGGAGGCUGUGGCCGAGGCAGGGGUCAGAGCCGCCCCUGGGCAGACAGGGCCAGCCCCGGACGUGGCGAGGCCGCCUGGCGCGUGGGGGAGGAGCAGGUGAAGCAGUGGGCGGCCGAGACGUUGGUGGCACUGGAGGCGCUACACCAGCAGGGGGUGCUGUGCCGGGACCUCAACCCCCGGAACCUGCUCCUGGACCAGGCAGGUCAUAUCCGGCUCACGUAUUUUGGUCAGUGGUCAGAAGUGGAGCCCCAGUGCUGCAGGGAGGCAGCCGACAACAUGUACAGUGCCCCAGAGGUGGGUGGGAUUUCUGAGCUGACUGAGGCCUGUGACUGGUGGAGCUUUGGGUCUCUGCUGUACGAGCUGCUGACUGGAACGGCACUGUCCAAGAGCCACCCCUCAGGAAUCCAGGCUCACACCCAACUGCAGCUGCCCGAGUGGCUCAGUCGCCCAGCAGCCUCCCUGCUGACUGAGCUGCUACAGUUUGAUCCUGCCAGGCGCUUGGGCACUGGAGGAGACGGUGUCAGCAAACUCAAGUCCCACCCCUUUUUCAGCACCAUCCAGUGGAGCAAGCUGGCGGGGUAAGAGGGGCAGAGCGGGCAAGGGAAGCAGCUGGCCUGGCCUGGAUCUCUCCUCCCCACCUACCACCCCAGAUGGGCUCCUCUGUCAGUGGGCUUGUGUGAAGAGGUUAGGGCAUGGCCUUUCCCACUCGGCUCCACCUUGGGCCUCGGAAGUAAUAACCGCCACUGCCCAGCAAGGGCCAGCUCCCAGAGAAGCUGAGGGAAAGGGCAGUCUCACCUGCCGAGAGGCUUGCAUCAAGACACCUGCUGAGCCGACCGCAGGCUUUUGGGACUCACUGCCGUGUUGUGCCCCACUCGGGACGUUUCUGGAGAAGCAUCUCAGGACACUGGCCCACUGGCUCAAUAGACUCAACCCAGACUGUCCUAGCCAGUCAUCUUAGGCAAGCUGUGGGCCUCCUUCCACCGCCUGUCCCCGCAGGGCACGGGGAGGUGGGGAGCGGUAAAGUCUGUGGCGAGAAGGGGAGCAGAUGGCCCAUCCCACUGCUGAUCAUGACCCAGGCUGUGAUUCAGACUUUGGAAGACAAGAGGGAAGGGGGGAGGGGGGAGGGGCUAUGAGGGAGGGGAGAGGCAGGGAGGGGGUGGGGAGUCGAGAGGAGCACACUGUGCUGCCACUUGGAACAAGUUUGUAAACAAUAGAGUGGCCGUGCAUGGAGAGGGGAGCCUGGGAGAAUCCAGCCUCCAGGGUGACACCCAGUGGGACGCGCUUCUCAGACACUGGUCGGUUCACCAUUCACAUUGGGUCCUGAGGUUCCCGUCAGUCCUGCCCACUGUGACUGCAUCCCCUCUUGGAACGAGAAACCACAAAACACAUGGAGCAAUUACCCAUGCUUUUAGCCAAGAAGCAAGAUAUUUCUGGUCUCUGAAGAACUGGAGAAAACGAUUAUCCCAAAGAAACCUGCCCAUCCUAGGCUUGGGGGCACCUCUCAACUCCCUGGGGUGGCUCCCGAGACACCCACCUGACCUCAGCCCCAGCCAGUUCUCUCCAGCGUCUCCACCACCACCAGGGGGCGCCUCUGACACUGCUGGCCAGUCUGGCCUUGAAGGCUCGCUCAUCCCUGGGGACUGGGUGACCGGGACAGAGAGGACAUGGGAAAGCACUGCCUGUGUAUGACUCCCCAUGGCCACGGCCUAAUAAAGCCUGC